CAGUAUAUACGUGUGAUACGUGCUAUACAUAGUUGAUUGAAGCAAACAAACAGAAUUCCGCAAUUGCCAAAAUGAGCGAUGAGAUUGAGGAGCUAGAAGGAUCCGAACUAGGAACUAAAGAGUUUUGGGAAUCCAGCUACAUGCGGGAAAUCAAAAACUAUCGCGAUCAUGGGGACGUUGGGGAGGUGUGGUUUGAUGAAGAUAGCCAAAACCGUAUCAUCUGCUGGAUGGCGAAACAGGAGGAUGUGAUUAAGACGGACGAUGCUAUCAUUGAUCUAGGAUGCGGUAACGGUAUGAUGUUAAUCGAGCUGGCCCGAGAAGGCUACACGAAUCUGACCGGUAUCGACUAUUCGCCUAAGGCAAUUGAGCUAUCGAGAGCAAUUUGCAAGGAUCAGGAGCUCGCCAUCGACUACCAGGUGGUCGAUUUAAUGUCCGAAUCAGAAGUGAUUGCAUUGGGCCAGUUCAAAGUCGUACACGAUAAAGGUACGUACGAUGCCAUUAGCUUACAUCCGGAAGAUACAAAAGCGAUGCGAACAAACUACAUUGCCAACGUGCAUCAAAUGCUGCAGGACGAUGGACUAUUUAUUCUAACGUCCUGCAACUGGACUGAGAGCGAGUUAGUACAGAGUUUCCGUGAACAGUUCACCCUUCGCACAGUGAUACCAACACCAACGUUUAAGUUUGGCGGAAAAGUGGGUAGUGUCGUUACGUCAAUAGUAUUCACGAAGAAUAAAAAAACAAAUCUAGCAUAA